UGCACAUGCACAAUACAUCUAGGUCCGUGGUGAGAGAUCGUGGGUAGAACUUGAAGCUCGAAUUGUAGACAUACCGUCGCGUCAAAUACUCAAUACUCUUCUCAAUUCAUCGUCUGAAAGUGAGGUUUUUUCUUUAAAAUGGGUUGGAAGUACAAGUUGCCUUUGUUCAUCCUCUUUGUGGCUUUGGGUUUCGGCUAUUUCAUGCGUACGAUCUUGAAUCCUGAAUUGAUAACCGAACCUCCAUCAGACAUCGAAGACGGAGUCGGAUGGUGGGGUCGAGGCCUCCCUGAAGUCUCGGGGAGCAAACAGGACACGUCCGUUCGCAAAUUCCGGGUGAAUGUUUCGGAUGAUGUGUUGAGCGAUUUGAAGACUCGUCUACAGAAUACACGGUUUGUCGACAGAGUGGAAGACGCUGGGUUCCAUUAUGGCUUCGAUUCGGACUACAUGAAACAGGUCCAGAGAUAUUGGCUUGAGAGAUACAGUUGGAGAGAUGCUGAGAAGAGGCUAAACCAGUUUGAUCAAUUCCUGACCAACAUUGAGGGUAUUGAUGUCCAUUUCCUUCACGUGAAACCCAAACUACAGCCUGGACAGAAGGCUAAGCCUCUCAUCGUCGUUCAUGGCUGGCCUGGUUCAAUCUAUGAAUUCCACAAGAUCCUACCUAUGCUGACUGACCCUACGAGCCAUGGAGGGUCAUCUGAUGAUGUCUUCGAGGUCAUCUGUCCAAGUAUUCCAGGCUACGGAUUCUCUGAAGCUCCUCACAAGCAGGGCUUUGCAGCAUACGCAGCAGCGAGAAUCUUUAACAAGCUGAUGUUACGUCUUGGUUUCAAGCAGUAUUACACCCAAGGAGGCGACUGGGGCAGUGUUAUUACACUGAACAUGGCUAUCAUGUACCCAAGCAAUGUGAAAGGGUACCAUGCAAACAUGGCUGCUCAGUCCGGCCCAAAGUCUUUCCUGUACCCGUUUCUAGGCCAGUACUUACCUUCGAUAUUCCUCCCUGAUCCGAGAGACCAGGAACGGCUCUUGCCCUUCACGGACCGGAUUGUUGAUCUUCUCCUAGAGACGGGUUAUAUGCAUAUCCAGUCUACAAAGCCACAAACUGCAGGACAGGGAGUCAACGAUUCACCAAUUGGACUUGCUGCUUACAUCCUGGAGAAAUUCUCUACUUGGACGAACCCAGAAUGGCGUAGCUUACCAGACGGUGGACUGACCAAAGCUUAUACGCUCGAUGACCUCUUGACCAAUGUCAUGAUCUACUGGGUCAAUGGCAAUAUCGCAUCAUCGAUGAGGCUCUACAAGGAAGAGAUUGGUGGCAACUCAAGAGAUUACCACGCAAAGCAUGCAAACCAGGUACCCACCGGUUUUGCAUCUUUUCCUGAGGAACUGUUCUUCAGUACCGAGACGGUCUUACGACACUUCAACCCUAACCUUGUUAGCUUUACCUACGUGCCUCGAGGCGGCCACUUUGCUGCAUUCCAAGAGCCCCAGCUCCUCGUUGAUGACAUCAGACAGUUUAUCCGCAAAGUGGAGGCCCUCUAGAGUCGGUGUGCCGAAAAGCCUCCAAACAUAUUCAAACAAAACACCCCCCCCAAAAAAAAAAAAAUAAAUAAAUAAAAUAAAAGUACAAAAUAGCUCAUUCUAGGUGAUUUUCAGGCCCUCUGAUCAAUUUUAACUGGCAUCCCUGGUACAGAUCUUGUGAAGUAAUAUGUCAUGGAAUCAGUUUUAAUGUUUUAUGAAUUACACAUGAAGAAAAUAUUGAAUUGUAAUUUGUCUCUCCAUCUCUGUGAAUCAUUUUAGCAAAUUUGCUAGCACCAUUGAUGUAAAUUAAAGCACAUGUAUGUAUACUGCCAAACUUUGUACAAGCUCUCAUAGAUUAUGUAAACUGCCACAUUUGUUAACCUGCUCAUAUAUAUGAAGAUAGAUAGAUGAUAGAUACAUGGAUUUUAUUAACAUCUUCGUGUCUGGCAGUUAAAAACUGAAAUGAACAUGAAUUACAAAAUGAAUUACAAAACAAAUUUCCAAAGAACAUUCACAUAAUAAUAUGAGAUACCAAUAGGUCACUUCCGCAAUGCACUCAAAUGCAGUCGAAUGGAAAUACCAACGAGCUUUCACACUCGCCCGCCGAGGUACACUGCACUCCAAUAGCCAGGGCGCGGACCGCAUACAUCAGCCGCCGCUAGACCGGGCAAGCUAUAAUGCUCGUCCAGCCCAGCAACGACUAAUGCGCGCAAUCCGCACCCGACAACCAAAACACAGCAAUCCCCGGCAGGCGAAUGGGAUCAUUCAUCUCCAGGCACUCCAUAAACACUUGCAUAUAAUCUGAAUACAUUAGAGAAUGUAGCUGUUUAAUAGUGAUUAACCAAAGAGAUACUCAAAUAAUUCAUGUUGUGAAAUGUGUAUUUAUUGAUUAUAGAUUUUUAUACUGAAUGUUCAAUCAUGUAAACCUUGGAUUUAAUCCAACUUAUCAAUGAAAUUUUGAUAAAUAAAUAAUAUCUUUAUUUUACUAAUUUA